AUGGUACCAGGGGUGGAGGCUGAGCGCGCCGUCUGCUCUACCACACUAGAAGAGUCUGACGACGGCGCUGCUUGUAUCUGGAUAUGUCGCCGGCUGUCAGCUACUCUGAAGUAUUGCGAAGCUGCAGCAGAUUGUCUCGGAUGGUUCGACAAGCGCUGGAAUCUGGACCUUGCUGGCGCACGCAUGUUUGCGCAUUUCUUCAUCUUCGAGCUGGCCGAGUUUUGGUGGUCGCGAUCCUGGCUGGAUCAUCUGGAAUUCGGUACCAAAAUUACACCUCAUAACUACGCAGGGUACAGAGUAUUUGUCCAAGAAUACACAGCAAUACCGUAG